AAUCAUAUUGAAGGGCGUGUCCUCUUCAAGCAGGUGAAGGCGGUUUAGGGAACAAGUGAAUACAAGGACAUUUAUUGAUAGCGACAGUGUGGCCAGCAGGCUGUAAUUGGUCAGUUUGUGCGACUGCACUGAGACAAGUACUACUCCCAUGCCAGUUUGGGUAGUGCCAAGGAAGAGCAUGAUCACAGGGCCCAUGGUGUUUGUAAUUUUCGGACUUCACUGGGCCUCUUCGAUAAAGAUUUACACAAAUAGCUGGGCGGUACAUGUUCCUGCUGGUCCUGAUGAGGUGGAGAGGAUUACCAAGAAGCUGGGUUUCAUCAAUUUAGGGCAGGUUCUGCAUGGCAGUGACUUAUAUCAUUUGCAGCACCGCAGUGUGCAGAAGAGAUCCUCCAGUCUGCACAGGAGUAAAGGGAUCCAACUAAAAAAGGAACCUAUGGUUCACUGGUUUCAACAGCAGACUAUUAAGCAACGGUAUAAAAGACAAUUCAAAAUGGUGCCCACAGACCCUUGUUUUACGAAGCAGUGGUACCUGAAUAAUGAUGUACAGCCAGACCUUGGUGUUCUCACUGCUUGGAGUCAAGGAUACACUGGAGCAGGAGUUGUGGUGACUGUAUUAGAUGAUGGAAUUGAGAAAGACCACCCUGAUUUGUCAGCAAAUUAUGAUCCAAUGGCAAGUUAUGAUUUUAAUAGUAAUGAUCCAGACCCACAGCCUCAUUAUAACCCAUCUGAUGAGAACCGUCAUGGGACUCGCUGUGCUGGAGAGGUGGCUGCAGCAGCUUUUAACAACAUCUGUGGUGCAGGAAUUGCAUACAAUUCUAGGAUAGGAGGAAUACGGAUGUUGGAUGGAAUAAUUACUGAUAUUAUUGAAGCUCAGUCUUUGAGCCUGAACCCACAACAUAUUCACAUUUAUAGUGCUAGCUGGGGGCCAGAGGACGAUGGGAAGAGAGUAGAUGGUCCUGGCCCACUAGCACAGGAAGCCUUUUUCUGGGGAGCUGUUAAUGGACGUGGUGGCCUUGGCUCAAUAUUCGUUUGGGCUUCAGGAAAUGGAGGCAUGCAAUAUGAUAACUGCAAUUGUGAUGGAUACACCAACAGUAUCUAUACUCUUUCAGUGGGCAGCACCACAGAGCAUGGAAAUGUGCCAUGGUAUAGUGAGGCCUGUGCAUCUACACUUACAACCACCUUCAGCAGUGGCAUCAGUACAGAAAGGAAAAUACUGACUACAGAUAUUCGUAUGCGAUGCACAGACCAACACUCUGGCACAUCUGCAUCGGCUCCACUUGCUGCAGGAAUAAUUGCUCUUGCUUUGGAAGCAAACCCAGCUCUUACAUGGCGAGACUUGCAGCAUAUUGUGGUUAGAGCCUCAAACCCCAGCAACCUUAAGGCUGAGGACUGGUCAGUGAACGGUGUAGGACGGAAUGUAAGUCACUAUUAUGGUUAUGGGCUAUUGGAUGCUGGAAAUGGUGGUUUGGCUCAGAAAUGGCAGACUGCAGGUGUUCAGAGGAAAUGUGUAGUCAAAUUUCUAAACACACCCCAGGUUCUUUCAUUUAACCAUGUUGUGAGACAAACUGUUGAUGGCUGUGCUGGAUCUUCCAACUAUAUCCAAUCACUGGAGCAUGUGCAAGCCAAAAUCUCCCUUUCCUAUAGCCGAAGGGGUGACCUGGAGAUCUCGCUUAUCAGUCCUAUGGGCACUCGUUCUGUGCUGGUGGCUUUGAGGCCAUAUGACACUAGCACUGAAGGGUACAAAGACUGGACCUUUAUGAGUACCCAUACUUGGGAUGAGAAACCCCAGGGUACCUGGACCCUGACACUUGUAAACAAAGGAGACUUUACCAACACUGGAGUCCUGCACGACUUUACGCUUGUUCUGUAUGGAACAGAUGAGGAUAUGAUGUCUAGGAGGAUUGAACACUCAGUACUGAGCGAGUGUGUUACCAGAGACAAAAGUGGCAAGUGUCAUGAGUGCAAGAGUUCAUUUUAUGUAUUUGGGAACCUAUGUCUGUCCUAUUGUCCCCCCAAAUUCUUCAAGACUUUAAAGAAAGUGCCAAGAACCAAUGGAAAGCCUCAAUCCAGUCAUUUUGCUCUAAUCUGUGCCUCCUGUCACCCAUCCUGUUAUAUGUGUAAGGGAUAUUCUGCCAAUGACUGCAUUUCCUGUCCUUCAUUCUCCACCUAUGAUGAAACAACAAGUUCUUGCUCACAGCCUUCCUUCCCAAGGACGCAUCACAGCAUUCCCAACACAAGCCAUCUCCCUCAAUCUGCAGUAGCAACUCUGAUUGUUGGGGUAACUAUCCCUUUGCUUUGUCUGUUCACACUUAUCUUCUCCUGGGUUAGAUUUUUUCAAACAAACCGUCCAGCUUCUCAACCACCAUCUACUGUAGAAAUGAACAUCCUGUCUGGAAUGUCUGAAGAGGGAGCAACUAUUCAGGAGUAACAGAGGGAAACCGUUCAUAAUAUCCUUUAACAUAAUUUAAAUUGCAGUCACAGUACUGGUGCAUUACAGAGUUAUGUUAAUUGUCCAUUGUAUGCUUUAUAAAUGAGCAUUGUAUGAAAUGAAUCGGACCCCUUUAUGUAUUUCAGGCAGGGGAGGAUUGAGAAAUGGUUAAUUUGUUCAGCUAUAAAUAAACUUUGUUGCAAUUGAA